GGGCUUCCGAACCUUCAUCCAGCAGGCUGGACAUCGGUAACAUACUUUUUGGUGCAGGAACUGUCCCGUAACAGUCUCUCGUGACACUUGGCUCAGCACGGGUCACAGGACGAGUCGAAACGCCAAAUCACUGGGUGAAUCCGCACUUCGCACCUUAUUACCUUUCUCUUCCUUCUUCGACUUUUUCGACAGCCAGGACAGACAACACCGACAAGAUGGUUAAGAAGAGAAAGAACAACGGCCGUAACAAGUCGGGCCGCGGCCACACCAAGCCCAUUCGCUGCAGCAACUGCUCGCGAUGCACCCCUAAGGACAAGGCUAUCAAGCGUUUCACCAUCCGCAACAUGGUCGAGUCUGCUGCCAUCCGUGAUAUCUCGGAUGCCUCCGUCUUCCAGGAGUACACCGUCCCCAAGAUGUACCUGAAGCUGCAGUACUGUGUCUCUUGCGCCAUUCACGGCAAGAUUGUCCGUGUCCGCUCCAGAGUCGGUCGCCGCAACCGUGCUCCUCCCCCUCGCGUCCGAUACAACAAGGAUGGCAAGAAGGUUGUCCCUACCGCCCAGACUGCCAAGGCUGCUUAAAUGCAGUCUUGAGUUCAUGUCUAGGUUUGGUGUUCGGGGUUUGUGGUUCAUGACAGGGAAAUGGUAAAAAUGGAAUGGCUUUUUGCAUGCAUGUCACCGGAGGUAGGCAUAGCUCCUUAGAUAACGAUCUCCAUGAAUUGAGGCACACUUGUCACGAGCAAA